AUGAUCGCCUCCCAACUCGGCCGUGUACGCUUCGCCGCCGUCUGCCGGUCGUGGCGUGCCGCCGCGCGCUGCGCCCCGCCCGUGCCGGCACUCCCGUGGCUGCUCCUCUCGCCUCGGGACUGCAGCGGGACGAAGGCUCUCCUUCACUGCCCCGAGAAUGGCGCCAUCGUGCCCUUACGGUUCCAAAGCAAGGCCGUGGUGAAGUGCAUCGUCGGCUGCCACGAUGGCGGCUGGGUCGCGUCCUCCCUACCGGACCCGUUCAGGAUCAUGAACCUCUUUUCUGGCGCCGAAGUGACGCUCAACAAAAAGCAGGCGGUUAUCUCCUGCACGAGCCGGUACCUUGGCUCCGGCCAGGUUCAAAUCUUGAAAGUUGUUUUCUCGGGGCCGCCCACCUCAGGCGAGUGUAUCCUUGCCGCCUUAACAUACAACUGCGGCAUCGCGCUCUGCAUAGUUGGAUGUCCGAACACUGGGUGGUCGGUGGAAGGAUGUCCUAACAAGCCGAUUGUCGACAUCUUAUUCUGGAACGGCGAGCUCUAUAGCCUACUCUACGAUGGGCACCUCAUCAAAUUCGAGAUUGGCGUGAAUGAGGACGGUGCACCAGUUAUCGCGGCUACGCAUUGGUUAGUCAUUCAAAGGAUCGGCCGUAGCAUCAGCGAGGGAAACUACAGGGACUAUGUUAGUUACAUCUUUGAUCUAGAGGGCAAGUUUGCCAUGGCACUGAGGCGCCAGUGGUUGCCAAACCAUGACCCUUUCUUCAAGGUGUUCAAGCUCGUCGACAUCCAUGGACCAUAUGCAUGUUACAAGCACAAGUGGUUGGAGGUGACAAGUUUGGGUGACCAUGCACUGUUUUUGGGGGAGACAUUCUCGAAGGCGGUGCACGUUGCAGGGAAUAUGCCAGGCAGCAUAAAGAUCUACUACUCACAUAAUUGUUGGUUAGGUCAGAACACCGUUGUCUCUAGUGACAAGGUAUUCUUCACAAUCUCGAAUGACAAUGUUGACCACACAUACUACAAGAGAGACGACACAAAUAAUGAAGUCACUGACGAUGGCGAUUACGCCAAGAGGAUCAGGUCAGUAGGAUACUUCAAGAAGGGCUGUUUAGAUGGUGGCAUGUGGAUUAUCCCUCCAAAUUUAUAG